AGCCGGAGCGCGGGCCAAACAGGGCUCUCAGCUGCUGCGUUCCAGCCCCUCUGUGGGAGGAGAGAAGGGCAGGACCACAAGCCUGCCAGAGGCUGCGUUGCGGCCUGCAGUCAGGCGGAAAGGCCAACCUAACCCAGGACAGAGGGGAGCCAGGUUUUUUGCACUGCCCAAGCUCAGAGCAGACCCUCAGAGCAGCCGGGUCGGAAGUGUGUCUCCUCAGUCACCAGACAGAUCCAGGAUAGGAUGGGCAGCCCAGUGCACCGAGUUUCAUUGGGGGAUACCUGGAGCAGACAAAUGCACCCCGACAUAGAGAGCGAGAGACAUAUGCAGUCCUUUGACGUGGAACGGCUCACCAACAUCCUCGAUGGAGGUGCCCAGAACACUGCGCUCCGGAGGAAAGUUGAGAGCAUCAUCCACAGUUAUCCAGAGUUUAGCCGUGAGGACAAUUAUUUCAUGACCCAGAAUGAGCGUUACAAGGCUGCCAUGCGGAGGGCAUUCCACAUCCAAUUGAUAGCACAACGCCUGGGUUGGUUGGCAGAUGGUCGUGAAUUAGGCUAUGCUUACAGAGCCCUUUCUGGAGACGUGGCCUUAAAUAUACACAGAGUCUUCCUGAAAGCCCUCAGGAGUCUGGGCACAGAGGAGCAGAUUGCCAAAUGGGACCCACUCUGCAAAAACAACCAGAUCAUCGCAACAUAUGCUCAGACAGAGUUGGGACAUGGGACAUUCCUUCAGGGCCUGGAGACUGAAGCCACCUAUGACGCAGCCACCCAGGAGUUUGUGAUACACAGCCCCACGCUGACUGCCACCAAAUGGUGGCCUGGAGACUUGGGACGGUCAGCCACCCACGCCCUGGUCCAGGCCCAGCUGAUCUGCUCAGGAGCCCGGCGGGGCAUGCACGCUUUUAUUGUGCCCAUCCGGAGUCUUCAGGACCACACUCCGCUGCCAGGAAUCACCGUUGGGGACAUCGGGCCCAAGAUGGACUUUGAUCAAACGGACAAUGGCUUUCUGCAGCUGAACCAUGUGCGGGUCCCCAGGGAGAACAUGCUGAGUCGCUUUGCACAGGUCUUGCCAGAUGGCACCUACGUCAAACUCGGAACAGCACAGAGCAACUACCUUCCCAUGGUGGUGGUGCGGGUGGAGCUGCUGCUGGGGGAGAUCCUCCCUCUACUGCAGAAGGCCUGUGUCAUCGCCAUGCGCUACUCGGUUAUCCGCCGCCAAUCCCAGCUCCGGCCCAGUGACCAAGAGGCGAAGGUACUGGACUACCAGACGCAGCAACAGAAACUCUUUCCUCAGCUGGCCAUCAGUUAUGCCUUCCAUUUCCUGGGGGUCAGCCUCUUGGAGUUCUUCCAGCACUCCUAUACUGCCAUUCUGAACAGAGACUUCAGCAUCCUGCCUGAGGUACCCGCUGUCUGCAGAGGGGCAGGUGCUGGUGGGGCAAGGGGGAGAGCAUGCCCAUCUCUGGGAGUGAGGGGUGCUGGGCUGUCCCACAGAGUCUCUCCCCUCUCCCUGCCUCCCCUUCCACCCCCUAGGUUUCUGGUGAAGAACUACCUGCAGACUCAGAUGUCCCCUGGCUCCGCGCCACAGAGAUCUCUCCCUCCAUCUGUCGCCUAUCUCGCCGCACCUGUCCUGGCCAGGUGUCCAGCCCAGAGGGCAGCCGACUUCCUCUGCCCGGAGCUCUACACCACGGCCUGGGCACACGUGGCAGCAAGGCUGAUAAAGGACUCAGUGCACCAUUUACAGACCCUGACGCAAUCCGGAGCUGACCAGCACGAGGCCUGGAACCAGACCACUGUCAUACACCUCCAGGCUGCUAAGGCACACUGCUACUAUGUCACUGUGAAGGGUUUUGCAGAAGCUCUGGAGAAACUAGAAAAUGAACCAGCGAUUCAGCAGGUGCUCAAGCGUCUCUGUGACCUCCAUGCCAUACACGGAAUCUUGACUAACUCGGGUGACUUUCUCCAUGAUUCCUUCCUGUCCGGUGCCCAAGUGGACAUGGCAAGAAUAGCCUACCUGGACCUGCUCUGCCUGAUCCGGAAGGAUGCCAUCCUGUUAACUGAUGCUUUUGACUUCACCGAUCAGUGUUUAAAUUCAGCACUUGGCUGUUAUGACGGAAAUGUCUAUGAACGCCUGUUCCAGUGGGCUCAGAAGUCACCAACCAAUACCCAGGAGAACCCUGCCUAUGAGGAAUAUAUAAGACCACUAUUACAAAGUUGGAGAUCCAAGCUAUGAAAUAACCAACAGUAUUCAGGAAGCAACCAGCACCAUUAUGUAAUGAUGGUACUAUGGCAUAUAUGCAAAAUUAAAAUUUAAAAUUAGA